AUGAGUUAUCGUUAUUGGUCGUUAUGCGCAUGCGCGAAAAGUAAUUUCACUUCCGAGGACUACAAUCUCAUAUUUACUUCCGUGUUUACAGUAAUAGCUAGUUAAAUAAACCGAUGAACGAUGGAAACGAAGAGGAAAUCUUUGAAAUAUUGCUGUGUUUGUAAGGGAACUUUUCGUGGCAAAGUUAUCGAUGGUAGAACGGUCUCUCUUCAUCGUUUUCCAAAGAAUAAACGUGUUAAACGAGUCUGGAUACAACGAUGUAAGACUGUGAUGAAAAGUUUUCAGUGGAAUGGAAACAAACUGUUAUGCAGUGAACAUUUUGUUGAUCGUGCGGGUCCGUCCAUGCUCCAUACCCUUCCAUCUAGAUUUCCGACUGCGUCAGGGACUGACAAAAUAUUUCUAAGCUCAGCGCUUGAUGAGAAUGAACAAGAACCAGACACAUACGAUGGUGACGUAAACUUCCAAGGCAAGCCUUUCAUUGCUACACGUUUGGAAUCAGAAUCAGAGACUCCUGAAGAUCUUCAAAUGCCAGCAACAGAAGUAGGAGAUCAUCAGAACGGUGACGAUGCUGAGACGUCUUUCAUACAAGAAUCCCACAAAUCCAACCUUGAUGUUUCCCUAAAUUUCCAUGACUACACAUGUGAACCGGUUCCAGCACCAAGUGCAAUCAGGAUGAUUGAAACACAGACCUGUAUACCGACGAUGACGAUAGGUACACAGACAGAAUCGGUUCAAACAAUUCGAAGUAUUAGUACCCAAACUGGUACAUGUGAGCAGAGAGGUAUUGGAGUGCAGGCAAUGCUUCCUACUCUAGUGUAUGAGGAUGUCAUGGACAAUCCGUCCAAACUGAACUUCUACACUGGAAUACCAAACAAAGGAUUGUUUAAUGCUUUAUUUGACGAAAUGGGCGAUAUGCAGGAAAAACCUCAAACUCGAUGUAGGAAGUCAAGUGGUGGUCGACCUAGGGCUCUACGACUUAUUGAUGAAUUUUUCAUGGUACUAAUGAGAUUAAGGUUAGGUCUAUUAGUGGCUGAUUUAGCAGCUAGAUUUUGCAUUUCACAGGCAGCCUGCAGCAGAUUGUUGAAUAAGUGGAUUGAUUAUUUAGAUAUGAAAUUAGAUUUUUUGAUUAUGUGGCCAUCGAAGUCAGCUGUAAAAUUUAACAUGCCAAAACUUUUUCGAGACAAGUUUCCAGACACUAGGGUUAUUAUUGACUGCACCGAAAUCAAAACUGAAACACCGAGAUCGCUGCAGUUAAAAUCUUUGAUUACAGCGACUAUAAAUCCCAUAUUACUUGGAAAUCUUUAGUAGGGAUCAGUCCUUCAGGGCAUGUAACAUUUGUAUCAGAUGUGUGGGUUGGAUCGAUAAGUGACAAAAAGAUAACAAACAACAGUGGGAUAAUUGACUUGCGUGAAGAAGGUGAUUCUAUAAUGGCAGAUAAAGGAUUUAUCAUUUCUGACCUCACCACACCAAAAGGAAUAAAGCUGGUCAUACCACCCUUUAAACGUGGACAAUCUAAAUUCUCAAAACGUGAAGUUCAGCAAACAAGGGAUAUUGCUAAUGCUAGGAUCCACGUUGAAAGACAAAUGGAGCGCAUAAAAAACUUCAGAAUUGUCCAAGGUGUGAUGCCUAUCACAAUGUCAUCUCGUGCUUCGAAAGUGUGGAAAUUGUGUGCGAAGUUGACAAAUCUACAGCCCCCUCUUGUACCCAAUUGACCGUUCUGUAAUACAUGUGUAAUUCUUAUUGUGCAUCAUAACCUGAACUUUUGCCUCAGAAUCAGUAUCUACUCCAGGAGGGGGGAUUUAGCAAAAAAAAAACAUGAAAUGACUUAUCCCCACCUAUUUUCUUAAGUUGGGGGUUUUAAUUUUCAAAUAAAUACAAAGUAUAUGACAGUUUGAAGAGUUUGAGUAGUAUAUAUUAAAAACUACUAAUACUGCUGUUGAUUGACAGCAAUUAUAGUUUAGUAUAAUUAAGUAUAGUAGCAAAAGAGUUUUUGAACAUUUUAAGUUAUAUAAACUAAACCAUGUAUGCAUUUAUUCAUCAGUGUAUAAUUGCUUUUGUUUGUAACGAUUGAAGUUGUUCUAAUUAAUAAAAUGUCGACUUCCA